CCCGGGCCUGUUGUCAUCUCUAUCGCCAAUCUUUGGCAUCUUGUGGCAAUAAUCUCAUUCUACCUUGUAGAGCUUUCUGGUCUGACUUCCCUUGCCACCUUCUGCUCCCUUUGCCUAAGUAUAACACUUUUGAGGAAAAGAACGCUGUUUUAAUCAUCGUCGCCUCGCCCACAGGCGGUGCUUUAUUGUGCUUAAUAUCGUUUAACGCAUCACACACUGCCGAGGGGGUCGGAGGCGGACGCCUUUUGCUGUAUCCACACAGACCCGCGCAGGCACACACGGAGGCCGUCUGCCACUCUGACAGACACGUGUCCCCUGGGCCACAGCCCUGGAACUGUCUCGGGAUUCCCAGCCUGUGGGCGCUUCCAUGCUGGCCAGCGGAAGGGGACGCUUUUUUCUUCAGAACAGCUCCAACGGAUACCUCUUAUUUUAGACCGCCUGCGGAUUCUACCUAUAAAUCAGCCUAAGCCCCGCUUCCUUUUAAAACAGGAUUACGCCGGGUCGAGGGAGCCUGGCGUGGCCGCGCAGUGGCCGGGUCCCGCGGAUUCCCCUCCAGCUCCCGCUUGGCAGCGCCCGCUUUGUCAGCGCGCAGCGCUCGCCGGGCGCCUUGCAGGUCUCGCCGGGUCUCACAGCAGACGGUGCCGACGCAGCAGUGUUGCGCCUCCCUCUCCGGCUCUGCUGCCCGGGAUUUCCCCAGAACCUGCGCCGCGCGAGAAGGAGCCUGGGAGCAUCCGCCCAGACUGCCCGGACAGUCGGCUCGACUCGCUGCCCUCGGCCCCAGCCGGGCUCCGCUCCUCGGGCGCGCGAGGGGCCGUGGUGGCGGCGGCGCCCGGCAUGUUUCAUAGUCCGCGGCGGCUCUGCUCGGCCCUGCUGCAGAGGGACGCGCCCGGCCUGCGCCGCCUGCCCGCCCCAGGGCUGCGCCGCCCGUUGUCCCCGCCGGCUGCUGUUCCCAGGCCCGCAUCCCCCCGGCUGCUGGCGGCGGCCUCGGCGGCCUCGGGCGCCGCGAGGUCGUGUUCCCGAACAGCGUGUUCCAUGGGAACCGGUACAAGCAGACUCUAUAGUGCUCUCGCCAAGACACUGAACAGCAGCGCUGCCUCCCAGCACCCAGAGUAUUUGGUGUCACCUGACCCAGAACAUCUGGAGCCCAUUGAUCCUAAAGAGCUUCUUGAGGAAUGCAGGGCCGUCCUGCACACCCGACCUCCCCGGUUCCAGAGGGAUUUUGUGGAUCUGAGGACAGAUUGCCCUAGUACCCACCCACCUAUCAGGGUUAUGCAAUGGAACAUCCUCGCCCAAGCUCUUGGAGAAGGCAAAGACAACUUUGUACAGUGCCCUGUUGAAGCACUCAAAUGGGAAGAAAGGAAAUGUCUCAUCCUAGAAGAAAUCCUGGCCUACCAGCCUGAUAUAUUGUGCCUCCAAGAGGUGGACCACUAUUUUGACACCUUCCAGCCACUCCUCAGUAGACUAGGCUAUCAAGGCACAUUUUUCCCCAAACCCUGGUCACCUUGUCUAGAUGUAGAACACAACAAUGGACCAGAUGGUUGUGCCUUAUUUUUUCUUCAAAACCGAUUCAAGCUAGUCAACAGUGCCAAUAUUAGGCUGACAGCCAUGACAUUGAAAACCAACCAGGUGGCCAUUGCACAGACCCUGGAGUGCAAGGAGUCAGGCCGACAGUUCUGCAUCGCUGUCACCCAUCUAAAAGCACGCACUGGCUGGGAGCGGUUUCGAUCAGCUCAAGGCUGUGACCUCCUUCAGAACCUGCAAAACAUCACCCAAGGAGCCAAGAUUCCCCUUAUUGUGUGUGGGGACUUCAAUGCAGAGCCAACAGAAGAGGUCUACAAACACUUUGCUUCCUCCAGCCUCAACCUGAACAGCGCGUACAAGCUGCUGAGUGCUGAUGGGCAGUCAGAACCCCCAUACACUACCUGGAAGAUCCGGACCUCAGGGGAGUGCAGGCACACCCUGGAUUACAUCUGGUAUUCUAAACAUGCUCUAAAUGUAAGGUCAGCUCUCGAUCUGCUCACUGAAGAACAGAUUGGACCCAACAGGUUACCUUCCUUCAAUUAUCCUUCAGACCACCUGUCUCUAGUGUGUGACUUCAGCUUUACUGAGGAACCUGAUGGACUUUCAUAAAUGCUUGCUUUUGUCUUUUUAAUCACAAGAGUCUUUUUUUUUUUUUUUUUUUUGAGACAGAGUCUCGCUCUGUUGCCUAGGCUGGAGUACAGUGGCCUGAUCUCGGCUCACUGCAAGAGCUGCCUCCCGGGUUCAUGGCAUUCUCCUGCCUCAGCCUCCAGAGCAGCUGGGACUACAGGCGCCCGCCACCACGCCCAGCUAAUUUUUUGUAUUUUUAGUAGAGACGGGGUUUCACCGUGUUAGCCAGGAUGGUCUCGAUCUCCUGACCUUGAAUCACAAGAGUCUUAACAGGGAAUGUUUCAGGAAACAAAUAGGAUAAGACAAUGCCAGAGGAAGGAUAGAAACAUGGGAAGUUUCUAUCAUUUCAUUUUCUGCGUUUCCAGCAUGCCCUUGGAAAAGACUCCCUUUAGUCCCUUUUUCAAUUAAAACCUAUAGUGAAAAAGGCAUUUGCACUCCAAUUUUGGCGUGUGUUGUUUUCUUUUCCUUAAUAUUACAUUUUGAUCAUUUAAGGGCAUUAAAUUGGCUUGUUUUGGUCAGGUGUGGUGGCUGCUCAUGCCUGUAAUACCAGCACAUUGGGAGGCCAAGGUGGGAGAAUCACUUGAACCCAGGAGUUCGAGUCCAGCCUGGGCAACAUGGCACGAGACCCCAUCUCUAUUUCUAAAAUAAUAAUAAAUUCGGUUAUUUUGAAGCUUUUUCAAUUUGAGGAUGCUAUAAAAACUCAGACUUGUUGCUUGAAUCUUCCAUAAUAGUAUGUAGGAGCAAUUUCUCUAAACAGCAUUUUAAGUUAUUUGUGGGUUUUUAAAAUGUCAACAAAAUGCAUGGCAAUAUUUAUUUUUUAUAUCUUCAUAUAAAAUUAAGUAAAUUAUAGCAUUAUGAACAUUUUAGAACCAUGCAAGAGAAGUUAUAGAGAAAGUAAUUUAUGGUAAUUUUCAUAAAGCUUUAAAAUAUUUUCAUUUGGGCUAUAACAAAAUGAGUACAAAGGAACUAUUUAGCCUGGAGGGGCUUUUGUUAUUUAAAUGUCAGAUUUCUUUGAUACAUUCUUCAAAAAUAAUCCUUGUCCUGCCUCUAUGUUCCAUUAUUGUGUUUCUUUUUCUUUCUUUUUUUUUUUUUUUUUUGAGACAGAGUCUCACUCUGUUGCCCAGGCUGGAGUGCAGUGGCGUAGUCUCAGCUCACUGCAAGCUCUGCCUCCCGGGUUCACGCCAGUCUCCUGCCUCAGCCUCCCAAGUAGCUGGGACUACAGGCGCCCGCCACCACGCCUGGCUAAUUUUUUGUAUUUUUAGUAGAGACGGGUUUCACCAUGUUAGUCAGGAUGGUCUCAGUCUCGAUCUCCUGACCUGGUGAUCUGCCUGCCUCGGCCUCCCAAAGUGCUGGGAUUACAGGCGUGAGCCACAGCGCCCGGCCUUAUUGUGUUUCUUGAAGAGAUUCCAAUUAGUUUUCAAUUAUUUAACCAAUUAGUUUUCAUUAUUGCUGUUAUAUAUUUAAACUUUACCAUUGGAAUAAUAUUGGUAUGUGUUUGAUAUUAGUCACUCGAUGUCAUCAUUAUUUGUAUUGGAAUGUGCUAUUCACAAUAGGUUAUUUAGAAGCUGUAUGUGGCAGUGGCCAAGAGAGUCAGUAGGACCUUCUUUUCAGAGAUAGGAAACUUUCUAGAAAGCCUGUUAAUGGGCUUUCAUUGAAAUUUCCUAAGAUAGCCAGAUACUCAUUCAAAAUAUCUAGAAAGAAGAAUGUAAAAAGUUAGAUAACCUGGGUCGGGUGUGGUGGCUCAUGCUUGUAAUCCCAGCACUUUCGGAGGCCAAGGUGGGCGGAUCAACUGUGGUCAGGAGUUCGAAACCAGCCUGGCCAACAUGGUGAAACCUCGUCUCUACUAAAAAUACAAAAAUUAGCUGGGCAUGGUGGCAGGUGUCUGUAAUCCCAGCUACUUGGGAGGCUGAAACAGGAGAAUCGCUUGAACCUGGGAGGUAGAGGUUGCAGUGAACCCAGACCGCACCAUUGCGCUCUAGCCUGGGCAACAAGAGUGAAACUCAUCUCAAAAAAACCUGGAAUUCUCUUCCAUCAGAAAUAAAAGUAAAAAUUACAGGUAAAGCCUCUUCCAAACAAAAUAACUUAUUGGUAAUAGAUAUUUUAAUUUGUGAGUUGUAAAUACAUAAGAUUAAUAAAUGGUCUUUUAAACCUA